GUUACGAUAGACAGAACAACAUAGUGACAUCAUUUAUGCAAAAGAUUAACAAUGUGAUGGAUGACUAAAUUACCAAAGAGGAGUUUUCAUCAUGAGGACAAAGCUUUCGAAUAGCCUGUUCGAUAUUGGGGAAAUAUGUAGACUACGAACGGAUCGGAAUGCAUUGCAGAGGUGAUGUCGAGUUGUGGGAGUCAUACGCCCCCGCAGUGUUCUGAGCAAAAUAUGAAGUUAAAGCCGAGCGAGCCAAACCGUGAAUAUUCCAAUGCUGGCAACCAGCAAACUACAUUAUUAUGAAUGGUCCACAUACUAUGCGGUAUUUUAGUCGGCUAUGCUUUGCGGUUUGAUGUUUUGCUAGCAUCUUUCAGCCUUUUUAAUGGCUAAAGAUUAUGCUUAGCUGAAUAUGAAAUGCAUAUUUUAUUCUGGUGCAUUUCUACCUAAAAAGCUUGGCAUAUGCGAUUUUUUUCCCCUUAAUUUCGUUUAUUUGAGUGAUCGCAGUAUCCCUUAUCUGGACUUACGGGAGUGGAUAUUGGUACAGCAACAUGUUAUAGCACGCCUGGGUUAUUGACAAAUGCAAGUGGAAUCAUCACGGGCUGCCAUCUGCCAGGACCCCCACUUUUGAAUUGAACAAUGACUGGACCCAACGCCACUAGCACUUCAUCUGCAGCUAAGAUGGGGCGGCACCGAUCCAAAAGUACCAGUGGCAGUACGUACUGCCACUCGAGCCCGGGUGCUGAAUCUGCCACCCUUAGCACACCCAACAACGCUGGACGUUCAUCGGGAGAAGAAGAUGAGAAAGAUGGGGGUGUGCUCUUUUACGUGAACAGAACUGGUUUUCCCAUUGAGGGUGUCACUUGGGAGAGGAUGUGGACUCAUGUAGCCAAAGUACACCCUGAUGGACAAGACAUGGUCAGCAAGAUAAGGAAUGCUGCAUACCUUCACAAACACCCUGUGCCAUUGGUCCCCAACUUCAAGCCCUCCAUGUCUGUCCCUGCCUGGCUGCUGGCCAUCCAGAACUACAUGAAGACACUGCAAUACAAUCACACAGGAACUCAGUUCUUUGAGAUAAGGAAAACCAGACCAUUGUGUGGGUUGAUGGAGACUGCGAGAGAAAUGAUCAGGGAAUCUCUUCCAAUCAAAUGCCUUGAAGCUGUCAUCCUUGGAAUAUAUUUGACCAACGGACUGAUGUCGGUGGAGCGUUUCCCCAUCAGCUUCAAGACCCAGUUUUCAGGGAACCACUUCCACCACGUGGUGCUGGGCGUCUACUGCAACGGACGCUAUGGCACGCUGGGCAUGAGCCGCCGCCAAGACCUCAUGGACAAGGCCCUGACCUUCCGCACGCUCAGCGAGCUGGUGAUGGAGUUUGAGGACUCGUACCGCCGCUACCAGCACACACUGAAGAAGGUGAAGAUCGGCCUGUACGUGCCCCACGACCCGCACGUCUUCCAGCCCAUCGAGUGGAAGUACCUGGUGCUCAACGCCGCCCGCCUAGGGAGAGAAGACAUGAGGAAGGAGCUGGAGAAACAUGGCCGAGACAUGAGGAUGAAGAUCCUGAAGUCAUCGAGUGCCCAGUCUCCCAUCAAAGAACGGACCAGAGGCAAGUCUCUCUCCCCCCGCCGCCGACAGAGCAGCCCCCAAAGAUGCCACAUCCACCGGAGAGACAAGUCACCUGCAGCUCUGGAUCGAAAACCUGCAGAACUCAGUACCUUGAACGACGGCUACCAGAUCCGCAUCUGAGACUCCAUGGAAGGAACUGGACUUCAUUCUCCUGGUCUCUGCGACCCCCUACCCCCAUCCCACCCUCUCCUGUCCAAGGUGCUUCUUUCAUGCACUCUGACCCCCCCAGUCUGCCUCACAAACUCUCAAAUGGGAUAUCUAUUUAACAGACAUUGUGUAUAUCAUAUUCAUAAAGUAUUUAUAGGGUUCUACCAGCCUCUUCUGAAAGGGUGAAGAUGAUGACAUUAUGCUCAGUGCUAAACUGGAGGUUGACAUCCAGUACGAACACAUACAUCAUAGGGACUUCAACGUUGCUCUACUCCUGAAGGACAGUAUGCCUUCUGUAUACACAUCUAUUAUGUUUUGAAUAAAGGAGUGAUGCCUAAAUUGCGGACAUCAUAUCAAGAUCUCACAUGCCUUUAGGGAAGUACAUACUGUAUGUGAGGGUGCUUUACAUAGUUUUAUGUAAAAAGGAGAUCAACAGUUACACUUCAGUCACAUUUACAGUGUGAAGAUUGAUCUUUAAAUGCUGUGAAUUUGAUGCUGACAUCAUGUAAAAAAGAUCAAAUAGUGUGACAUAUCUAUUUUUUCAAGCCCUUCAUAAAAUCUAAAGAUUCUUUAGAUUGAACAGUUGUAAAGAAUGUUGAGUAGUUAUCUGCUGGGCUGAGCUGUAGCUCAGUGUGAUGAAUGAGAGAGAGAGAGAGAGGUAGGCCUGAGGCGAAGGGAACCGAGAGGGGCCAAAGACCAAAGCAGUCAAGCAGAGAGCCUGCUGAGUACUGCGGCAAACCCCAGCCUCGACACUGACUCCCUGUCGACACUGACUCCCUGUUAGCUCUGGGUUAGAUUAUCCAUCUGUCUCUGUCGGCCCACCCUCCUCUCUCACAGAUACAGUAUAGACCAGGGCUUUCCAACCCUGUUCCUGGAGAGCUACCCUCCUGUAGGUUAUCGCUCCAACCCCAGUUGUAACUAACCUGAUUCAA